CAUCCUUUGUCAAGCGUCAACCAUGUUAUGAAAUCCUCGAGGAAGCCAUUCAUCUUAGCCGAUAGAUGACAUCACUCUCUUUUUCUUCUAAAAAGCAUGACCUAAGUCAAUUACUAGAGCUACCCAGACAAACAACUAAAUACAAUCCUCCUCAUAAUAUAUACCAUUUGCUAGACAAAUUCGCCUGGAUGAGUUUUGCGGGCAUCGAUGAUUCACUGCUACAAGAAACAUAAAACGGUUGAGCAAAAGUUUAUUCUGUUUCGUCCACAGUCACUAGAACUAUUCGAAUCAUAGCUUGACAUUAACUACCAUCCCCAAACGUUACAGGCCUCAAGGCCUCCAUCUGAUUAGCGGGUAUUUUGUGCUCAGGGUCGCACCGACGUACCUUAAAUAAUGGAAAGGCCUUUACUUUCUCCAUUUAGUCCUAAUCUGCCAUAUUCUGCAAAAGAACGAUGGGUUUGCGUUUAUCCUGCGUAUUUAAAUAAUCGUCGUACAAGAGCUCAAGGGAGGAAACUGUCUGUGGAACACUGUGUUGAUAAUCCUAAGCAUUCGGAAGUAACGAUGAUUUUGGGGAAGCUCUCUCUCGACUAUCUGUUGGAGACAAAGGUCCAUCCUAAGGAAAGGGAUGCUUUUGAACCUAUGAACAAAUGGCGUGUCCGCGUCCAUUUGAAAAACGAUGAUGGCAGUCCCGUAAAUGAACAGUUUCCAAAUCGUCAAUCCCUUUUAUCAUAUUUGGGAAAGGCUCUUCCUGUAGUGCGGUCCAGAAGACCAGCCACAUCAAGUUCUAGUACUACGGAACAAACCUUCCAAGGAAAGAAAAACAAGCGAAAAAGGAAGUGAAUACACGGAUUUAGAAGUUUGACAUAACCUACUAUCAUGUACUUACCGUAAACAUACUUUGUCUCGGGUGAUCUUGUCUUUAUAGUUACUUCUCAGUGUUUUUACAAUUGUGAAAAUAUAAAAGAUUGGUUGGUUGCUG